UGUAUUACCUUGAUAUUGAAGGACCAUUAACUUGCUUAUAAUGCCCACGGUUGGCAUUUUUCUUUCCUUUGUGCGUUCGUUAGGUUUUCUCCUAUUUAUAACAAACAAGUUGACUUCUGCGGCUUUCAGGAUCGUUGCCAAUCGUUUUUUUAACAAGCAUAUAUCCGUCUACGAUUACGAUUUACGUUCUUUUGGCUCAGGCACUUCAAAGGACUCAGGGUUUCCUGUUGCUGAAUUUGAAUCACUUCCUUCCUGGUCAUCAUUGUAUAGCCGAUUAUCAAUUGAGACGGUUAUUCAUUCCGGUGACUGCGAGGACUACGACGUAAAUAGCGUGCAGUACCGGAAGGCACGCUACUGGCGUGAACUAAGCACGCCUGAGAUAGAAGAGGAGAUUCGUAAGGUACGUAAAAUACUGAGCAAGAUAGAAUUAUACCGUAAGACCAAGAACCCAGCACUUAAUCCCGGAUCAUUGAGGAACACUAAGCGUACACUGGCCCAGCUUCUGUUUAUUCGACAUGAGCGUCACCUACGUUCCUUACGAGAGAAAGCAGUUGAGGGAGGCGCCUAAGUUGCCUUUUAAUUCCCUUAGGCGUUGGGCCAGUAUACAG